UUGAGCUUAAACUCGGGUUUUAUCUACACUAAGUACUGAAGCUUAGCACGGCAUUGUGUUUGACUAAGUGAACAAAUAGAUGGAGUGGUGAUAUAUAUUGACUUUUCAUUGUGCCAACGAUAUCUUUUCUUCUGAGCUCUCUGCCACUGCUUUUUUUUGUAACAACAAAGGGUCCAAAGUAGAUGUGGCCUAACAGCCUCACAGCCGGAUGCAACCCAGAAAACGAGUUAUCAUUUCCGGGAUUUGGAAGUGGGUGCGGCGGAAGCACGUCCAGCAUGGCCUACCUCAAGUCGGCUCCUUAUCCCGUGCCCGGACUGGGACUCCACGGAUUACCGGUGGAUUCGCUGCACUCGUCCAUGGCGGGCUAUCCUGGAGGUAACCAAAGGAAACAGAGACGAGAACGAACAACGUUUACCAGAGCUCAAUUAGAUAUAUUAGAGUCUCUAUUUGGAAAAACUCGUUACCCUGAUAUAUUCAUGAGAGAAGAAGUGGCCUUGAAAAUUAAUUUACCCGAGUCUAGAGUACAGGUCUGGUUUAAGAACAGACGAGCGAAAUGUCGCCAGCAACAGAAACAACACAACCAACAACAGAGCGUAGAGAAGAGCACCCGAUUAAAAAACAAAACCACUACCAACCUGAUAACAAAGUCAUCCCCAACACCAGUCUCUGUUUCCAGCAAUAACAAUACCAGCACCAGCUCAUCAGGAAGCCCAUCGUCAGUACCUACAGCACCCCAUCUACGAGACAGUCCGAAUUAUGUCAAACCUCAACUGUUAGCCACCUGUGGUAGUACGAGUUCACCUACAAUUGCGAGUUCGACCUACACAAAUAGCGCGAACUCAAGCAUCUGGUCUCCUGCAUCGAUAGAUUCCUUUUCGAUAGACCAACAUAGAUGGUGUACAUCGACGCAACCUUCAGUACUAAGUACCACCAAUUCCUCGACGAACUGCUACAAUAAUUACUCCUACUAUUCCAACAUGGAGUACCUGAGUUCGGCGCCUAUGAAUCACUCGCAGUUUGCAGAGAACAGUUUGGAAUCAAGUUGGAGCAAAUCCCGAGACGAGUCUUCGUGGCUCUACAACAGUAGUUGGGAUCGAAAAUGAAAUAGCAUCAAGGUCAAGAAGAUAGGCAAAUAUUUUUAAACUUCCUCGAUCUCACUGCUGUUGGUCCUUUUAAGCCUACAUGAGUCUUUAUAGUUUAUUCCCAACCGGACCGGAAGUGGAAUCAAAUUCGGUUUUCUCUUUCUAAUGUUAAUGAGUCAGAAGCCUACAUGGCUUGUGGUAUUGCGUCUUUUUUAUCUCAUUAUCAAACAACGUAUGAGACACUAAUCCAAUUCGUCAAAGAGUUCGACGAUUACCACAGGUGAAGAGAGGAAUCUGAAUUGAUUGUUCAGGAAAUGAUGAAUGAAGAAAGAUGAGGUGAUAGAACCUUCUACCAGCCCAUGGGUCUCUCCGGUGAUCCUGUUCAAGAAGAAAGACGGGACUACGAGGUUCUGGGUUCAGAACAUGAAUGAAAUGGAUGAAAACCAUUUCAGGAUUCAAAAUUCCGAACAUUGCAUUAUUUUUACUUAAAAGUAUGCCACCAAGGGCGGAG